UAACCUGCCUAGGCAAUGAACAUUCUAGCCACUACUAUGGGCUGAUCGUGGGCUGGGGCCAUUUGUGGGUGUCGUUUGCUGCAGGAUUCGUACAUGUAACACGAGAUGUGGCUAGCAUUUUAAAAUUGCGGCUGUGUGUUGGUUACAUUUGACAAAGUGAUAUUUAUAAGCCCAUCACCACCAGUCGUUUUCAUCUCCUUCCCUUCUCUUCAAACACAUCAACACGUUCACUUCCGCUAUUAGAUUUCCUACCAAAACAAAUCUCAAUUUCAUAAUGCGUUCCUCUACUGUCGCUUUCGCCGUCACUUUGGCCUUGGCCAACUCCGCAUCAGCUCUAGCUACUGGUGAUUCCACAAUUGCCUCUCCUACCAUUUCCCAAACUGGAGAGCCCCAAGAGAGCAGUAGCUCGGCCACAGCCAGUCUGCUUCCUACCACAUCAUUAUCUGUCCUUGUUCCAGUAACUACUGCUAUCUCCCUUCCACCAAGCAGUGCUGCGUCAUCGCACUCAUCCUCCUUCACCUCCUUCUCCAUAAGCUACGUCUCCCCCGGAUCAGCAUACUCGUCCGGUUCCGUAUCUAGUUCUAUCGUAUCCGGCAAGCCAGGUGUUUACAGCAACUCUACCAUUGUAUCUACCGCCACUGCCUCUGGUACCGGCGCCGGCACAUCUACUGCUACUGCCACCACCGAAGUUUCUGGAGCUACCACUUCGGCUAGCAGAAGUGGGGCUUCGUCAAGAGCGAGCGCAAGCGCUUCAUCAUCUAGCUCUGCUGCUGAUGCUUUGUCGGUGAAUGGAGCAUCGUGGAGUAUGGGAAGUCUUAUGCUUGGUGGAAUGGCUGUUGUCUUUGGCUUCUUCUAAUUGCCUUGCUAAGUCUGUUUGGGUUUACGAUCUAAUAAUGGUAUAAUGGGUUUGGAAUUUUGGAUUCAGGUUCAGGAUUUUUGGAUCAUGAUAUGAAUAUGGAUAUGGGAAUGGGAGUUAAUGAGAGAGGUAUUCGAGUUGGCAUUGUGCAAACAUCAGUUUUGGAUUUAAUCUUCUGAUCCUAUUUCAGGAUGUUCUAGGCAUGAAAUUUUAGGAAAUUUUAGAUACCAGGUUCUGUAUCAAUAUUAAAUGGGCGUUGAUCUGGC